AUGAAUUCGCUAAAUUGGUGUGCACUGUCACGGACGUCGGAAUCAAGGAGCACCCGAGACGAAGGGUAUUGCACGCGAAUAGUGUUCGCGAGGAGGAGCGGUAUGCAGACCGCCCCAGAUGUUGCCCCUUGUGUGAGGGACAACACAGCAUCAAGGACUGCAAGGAAUUCAACCGAGCUUCUACAACGAGGCGGAUCGAGUCCGCGAAGAGGUUGAGGUUAUGUUUUUCGUGUCUGGAGUAUGGACAUAUGGCCCGGUUCUGCACGAAGGAUCGAGGAUGCAACGUCUACGGAUGCCGGAUGAGGCAUCAUUACCUACUCAAUGACCCAGCUGGACAUCCCAGACGACCGCCAGUCGCAGAUGGAGGCCGCAGGAGGGAUCAGCGGAGCAGUCAAGACCGGCAGCUGUACAGAGACAGCGGCCGACGGAUACGAAUGCCACAGUCAGUGGAUUCCAACGAGAAGAGCCUGCCUACGUCAGCUGCAGUUAUAGACGCGGGACGUAAGGAGGAUGAGAGGCGAUCGACAUGCGACCGCCAGGAAUUAUCGCACCGGAACUUGAGUUGUGUCGAUUCGGAUGGAGGUCACCUGCUGUUCCGGAUUUUGCCCGUGACGUUGUACGGGGAGAAUACGCAGGUCGACACCUACGCACUGCUGGAUGAAGGUUCGUCCGUCACGCUCAUUGACGACGAGCUCAUCCGCAGCCUGAACCUGAGAGGCGAGAGUCGACAACUAAAUGUGCAAUGGUUCGGCGGAAAAUCCGUCAAAGAGCACACAAGGAUGGUUAGCCUGCAGAUCAGCGCAGCGGGCAAGCCGAAGCGCCAUGCGCUGAAGAAUGUGUACGGAGUAGCAAACCUGAGUCUCCCGAUGCAGAGCUUGCGUCGAGAGGAUGUGAAGGCAGCGGGCGCGAGUGUGCGUCUGCCUGUAAAGCCGUACAACAAUGCGGCGCCAAGGAUCCUAAUUGGAUUGGAUCAUGCGCACCUAGGAAUACCCUUCAGAACCAGGAGCUAUGGAUCUGGAGGGCCAUACGCAGCAGCCACGCCACUUGGGUGGGUGGUAUAUGGACCGGUGAAAGGAAAGGCAAGUUCACCGCUUCAGAGAUCGUGCCUCCUAGCCGUGCCACAGGAUAAUCUUCUGGAGAAGAUGGUCAGCGAUUACUUCGAGAUCGAGAGCUUCGGAGUGAAGCCGGCACAGCCAGUCGCAGCUGGCGGAGUGGAGCUGGCGCCGUCAGUCGCAGAUGACGGCAACGCACGGGCCCUGAGUAUCCUGGAGGAGACGACUAAGCGAGUAGGCCGACGAUACGAGACUGGGCUGCUAUGGAGAGACGACGAGGUGAGACUGCCAGAGAGCUACAGUAUGGCACUCAACAGACUUGUCAACAUUGAGCGGAAAAUGAAGCGCGAUGUGGACUUCGCGCGGGCCUACAAAGGAAUUAUGGACGAUUACGUCAAGAAGGGUUACGCACGACGACUGGAGCCCCAGGAAGUCCAGAGGUCCCAGGAAGGCAAGGUAUGGUACCUGCCGCACUUCGGAGUAGAGAACCCGAACAAGCCUGGAAAAAUCCGGCUGGUCUUCGACGCGGCUGCCAAGGUGAACGGAGUGUCCCUGAACUCAGCGCUGAUGAAAGGCCCACAGCGCUACAAACCCCUCCCAGCGGUGCUCUUCCAUUUCCGGGAAGGAGCAGUUGGGGUUUGUGCCGACAUCAAGGAGAUGUUUCAUCAGGUAUUGAUGCAGCCAAAGGACAGAUGUGCCCAGAGGUUCCUAUGGAGGAACGGAGAAGAUCGUCGGGAGCCCGACAUAUACGAGAUGCAGGUGAUGACGUUUGGAGCGGCCUGCUCACCAUGCUCGGCGGAUUAUGUGAAGACCGUGAAUGCUUCGCAGUAUAGCAGCACGGAUCCGCGAGCAGUCCUGGCGAUCAACGAGUAUCACUACGUGGAUGACUACGUCGACAGUUUCCCCAGUGAAGAAGAAGCUAUCGCCGUCUCGUCACGGGUGAGAGAUAUACAUGCAGAAGCUGGGUUUAAUUUGUGUCGAUUUACUUCCAGUUCGGCAAGUGUGGUCAGAGCGUUGAACCCACUUGAAUCCAUCGCUAGCGUUAGAUGGACCGAAGCUGAGGAGAAGGUACUAGGAAUGUACUGGCAGCCAGCUACAGAUGACUUCAAGUUCGGCGUCAAAUACCAUCGAGUCCCAAGAAGUGUGAUGACAGGAGAACGCGUCCCCACGAAGAGGGAGUUCCUGAGCCUGGUCAUGUCCACGUUCGACCCGAUUGGGUUUUUGAGCUGCUACAUGGUGACCGCUAAAGUACUAAUGCGAGAGAUUUGGCGGAGAGGAGUCGGCUGGGACGAGCCGCUACCAGACACGUUGGCCGCAGCCUUUGAGAGCUGGCGGCAAGGGAUGAAGAAGAUCGAAGAAUUCCGAUGUCCACGCUACUAUUUCGGCGAUGGACGAGUGCGGACACUACAGCUGCAUAUCUUCGUGGAUUCAAGCCAGUCGGCGUUCGCAGCAGCGGCCUAUUGGCGGGCCACAUACGCAAGCGGAGAUGUGCAGGCGCAUUUCAUAUGUUCGAAGACGAAGUGCGCUCCGAUGAGGACUAUGUCAAUCCCGCGACUGGAACUUCAAGCAGCAGUAUUAGGAACGAGACUGAUGGACACCGUCAAGCAAGAGCACGGUGUGGCGAUCAGCAGCUGCGUACUAUGGACGGAUUCUAAGACUGUGCUGCACUGGAUAAGCAGCACCCACCGGAGAUACAAGCAAUUCGUCGGAAACCGGGUGGCAGAGAUCUUAGAAUCCACGGAGGCGUCCCAAUGGAGAUGGAUUCCGUCUGCCGAAAACGUGGCAGAUGACGCGACAAGGCCGCGCGAGUGCGUGGACCUGUCCAUUGGAUCGCGGUGGCUGAGUGGUCCACCAUUCUUACGAGGAUCAGAAGAAAGCUGGCCGAGAUCGCGCGAGGACUGGUAUCCCCCGACGCCAGAUGAAGAGGAGAUGAAAUGUGAGUUUGCCCUAGUCAUGGCGAACUUUAUAUCGUUACAGAGAUUUUCAAGUUACAACCGAUUGGUGAGGAGCACCGCAUGGGUGCUCAGAUUUAUUCGACGAUGUCGUGGACUACGUAGCGUUCGAGAGGACCACGGACUGACGUCGAUGGAGUGCGCUGAGGCAGAGCGCACACUGAUAAGGCAAUCACAGCGAGAAGCGUUUGCCGUGGACAGCCAUGGAAAGGCCGCCAAGGGCAGCCGACUGUAUGGGUUGUCACCGUACUUCGACAAGGACGGAGUGAUGAGAGCCAGCGGAAGGAUCGACGACGCGGCGUGUGUGCCAUACAGCGCGCGACGGCCGAUCAUACUGUCUCACGAAGAGGCACUGGCGGAGAUGAUCGUGCAGCAUCACCACGAGAAGAUGUGCCACCAAAACGUGGAGGCAACUAUUGGAGCGAUCCGGCAGAAGUUCUGGAUUACGAACUUACGGAGGCUGCUACGGAAGGUGAUGAGCAACUGCAAUGUAUGCAAGCUGCGGAAGGCGCGGCCUACGCAGCCAGAGAUGGGUCCCCUGCCAGAGGACCGGCUGGAAGCCAACGGAUGGCCAUUUAAGUAUACCGGCCUGGACUAUUUUGGACCGCUAUUUGUGACUGUUGGACGUCACACAGAGAAAAGGUGGGUGGCAUUGUUUACGUGUCUAACCACAAGGGCUAUCCACUUGGAGAUGGCCCACGAUUUGUCUACAGAUUCCUGUAUAAUCGCCAUGAGGAACUUCAUGAGCCGCCGUGGACCGGUGGUCAGGAUAAGGAGCGACAACGGGAAGAACUUCGUUGGAGCCGACAGAGAGGCCAGGAAGUUCAGCGAAGUGUUUGAGCCUGCAAAGAUCCAGGGCGAGCUGUCGUCCAAAGGAAUCGAAUGGAUCUUCAAUUGCCCGGCGAACCCAGCUGAGGGAGGCGCCUGGGAAAGGAUGGUGCAGUGCGUGAAGAAGGUGCUGGCGCACACAAUGAAGGAGCUCGCGCCCAAGGAGCACGUACUGGAGAACCUGUUGAUUGAGGCGGAGAGUAUAGUGAACUCUCGUCCGCUCACUCAUCUACCAGUGACGGUGGACCAGGAGGCUCCACUGACACCCAACGAUCUGCUGAAAGGAGUACCCGAUGUUCCGGAUCUUCCCAAGGAUAAUGGACAGGAGUCCAACGGAUGCGCUACCAGGAAGCAGUGGCGCAUAGCGAGAAUGAUGCGGGAUCGAUUCUGGAAGAGAUGGGUGCAUGAGUACCUGCCAACGCUUGUGCGCAGGGAGAGAUGGUGCAAGCAUGUCGAGCCCAUUCGUCGAGGAGACCUGGUGUUCAUAUGUGAUCCGGCCAUACCACGAAGAGAGUGGAAGCGAGGCGUCGUGGAAGAGGUGUUCACCGGAAGAGAUGGAAUCCCUCGUCGAGCGGCGGUGCGGACUAACGAUCGAGCCAAGACGAUGAUGCGUCCCGCUUCGAGGCUAGCUGUCCUGGACGUGGUGAAGGCGAGUGCUUCACGGGGGUGGGGAUGUCGCGGAACGGUUUAGGGCUAUCGAUAGUUAGUCAAGUUGCAUUUUAGAGCCGCCAGAACUUAGAGAUAUUUGUGUCAGGAAUCUCGUGAAUGUGUAAUUCGGGCACACUAAAUCAUGUAAAGUUAUGCUUAAUUUUGGCGGAUAGUAUUACUACGAUUUGAGCAUCACACUGAGUGGGAAGGGAAACUGCGAAUAAAACAUAAGACCCAAAUACUCUGUUUGUUAUCGAA